GUGUAAAUAGGUCUCACACACACAUCCAUUCAUCGGCUAUUGACAGCGUGUCCCUGUUGAGCGGCUGCACUGGAGCUUCUCUCUAGCGCUGCCAGUGGACAAUCAAACCCACACACCCACCUCUGUCUACACUCGCCUGUUCAACAUUUCUUACUUCUGCUAGAAAAAUACAUAGCUACAGCAAACCUCUGAGCUCUGAAUCGCAUCGCGGCGCAUCGUGAUACACCAGCAGCAAUAGCUCCAAAAGAAGCACAACAUGGAGUCCUCUCCAGAACCAGCGAGCGACCCGGGCAACGGCGUCUCAGAGCCGGUUACCCCGGUCAGGGAAACCCCGGUAAACCUGGAGACCCUCCGCAAAGCUGAGCACCAAGCCCCGGUGCGCCGGCAGAGCUGCUCCAGCACCAACAGAGGUAUUUCAGUAACAAAGAAGACACACACUUCUCAAAUCGAAAUAAUUCCCUGCAAGAUCUGUGGAGACAAAUCAUCCGGCAUCCAUUAUGGCGUGAUAACGUGUGAGGGCUGCAAGGGUUUCUUCAGGAGGAGUCAGCAGAGCAAUGCGGCGUACUCGUGCCCGCGUCAGAAGAACUGUCUGAUUGACCGCACCAGCCGGAACCGCUGCCAGCACUGUAGGCUGCAGAAGUGUCUGGCCGUGGGCAUGUCACGUGACGCGGUGAAGUUUGGCCGGAUGUCUAAAAAACAGCGGGACAGCCUCUAUGCGGAAGUGCAGAAACACCGGCUCCAGCAGCAACAGCGGGACCACCAGCAACAGCCAGGUGAGGCAGAGCCCCUCACCCCAACCUACGGCCUCUCCACCAAUGGCCUGACCGAGCUCCAUGAUGAUCUGAGCGGCUACAUGAACGGACACACGCCCGAUGGCACCAAGCCCGACUCGGGCGUCAGCAGCUUUUACCUGGACAUCCAACCUUCUCCCGACCAGUCCGGCCUGGACAUCAACGGCAUCAAGCCAGAACCCAUCUGUGACUUCACCCCAGGCUCGGGCUUCUUCCCCUACUGUUCCUUCACAAAUGGGGAGACAUCCCCCACCGUUUCCAUGGCCGAGUUGGAACAUCUGGCCCAGAACAUUUCCAAGUCCCACAUGGAGACGUGUCAGUACCUGAGAGAAGAACUUCAGCAGAUGACCUGGCAGGCGUUCCUUCAGGAGGAGGUGGAGAGCUACCAGAGCAAGCCCAGGGAAGUCAUGUGGCAGUUGUGUGCCAUUAAAAUCACAGAGGCCAUCCAGUACGUGGUGGAGUUUGCCAAGCGCAUCGAUGGCUUCAUGGAGCUCUGUCAGAAUGAUCAGAUAGUGCUUCUCAAAGCAGGCUCUUUGGAGGUGGUGUUCGUCAGAAUGUGCCGUGCCUUCGACCCUCAGAACAACACAGUCUAUUUUGAUGGAAAGUAUGCAGGGACUGACGUCUUUAAAUCAUUAGGUUGCGACGACUUGAUCAGCUCUGUCUUCGAGUUUGGGAAAAACUUGUGUUCUAUGCACCUCUCUGAAGACGAGAUCGCCCUGUUCUCCGCCUUCGUGUUGAUGUCUGCAGAUCGAUCCUGGCUCCAGGAGAAGGUGAAGGUGGAGAAACUCCAGCAGAAGAUCCAGCUGGCCCUCCAACAUGUUCUACAGAAGAACCACAGAGAGGACGGCAUACUGACAAAGUUGAUAUGCAAAGUCUCCACGCUGCGAGCCCUGUGCAGCCGGCAUACGGAAAAGCUAACGGCGUUCAAAGCAAUAUACCCAGACAUUGUUCGAGCUCACUUCCCCCCCUUGUACAAGGAGUUGUUUGGAUCAGACUUUGAGCAGACCAUGCCGGUUGACGGGUAGCACUUCCCCGUGCCCACCCCGCUUGGGGGAAUUUACACCGUGGGGAAUGUCAAGCAUAAAUCUGAGACACUUUAGCAGUGCCCUGCACAUACACACACCUGGACGGACGACACAAUGCACACACACACUUUUCCCCUUUUUUUCUUUGUGAUUUUUUUCUUUUUCUUUUUUCGUGGGGGAGGAGGUAGUAGACUGGGUUCGACUCCAGUGGUUUAUUUUUGGGGUUUGUUCCCUCCUUUUACUGACACAGGUGGGAUUCUGAGCCCAGGGGAGAGGAUAAGAAGAUGAAGACACUUGUUUUUCCUGAACGCUCCCUCGCUCUCUUUCUCUCUCUGGCUGAACCUGAAGAGUCCAUGCAUUCAUUUUCGAGAACGGUCCCCUGGCGAUUUGUCACAAUCAGCAUAAAUCGUUUCCAAAAUGGAAAAACGAUUCCCAGAGAGCAGUGGCCUGGAAUACAGCGUUUUCAACUUUUUACCGGGACAGCAACACAGAAGUCCUUUUCAAGCCAAGAACAUGAAAUAAAAAGUUGCGAUCAAAAAGUCGAUUAUAUGAACUGGUCCAGCAGUUGUUGUAGCACCAAAAAAAGUCUACGUUGAAAAAUACGUGGUUAGCUCCUUCCUCCCUGUGCACUGUUUUUCUUCUUUCUUUCUUUUUUUAAGAUGUCAAACCAGCACAGAAUAAAGAAGAAUACGAAUUGAGAGAGAAAGAGAGAUAUGGAGAAGGAGUGUGAUGUAGAGUCAACACAAAACAUCACCUUUCUACGAACAAUCUCGAAAAAAAAAAACCCCGUAGAAUUCUGGUAAUUCUAGUCGCAAUUGCUUUUAGCCAUCAGAGACUCCAUCUACCAUAGUUGCUUAGUGAUAUCGUUUAAGGCCAUCUGCUAUUAAGUCCCUCUCCGGAAUGGUGUUAACGUAAUGUAACGGUCCGGCCACCAACAUCAAUGCAAUGCAAGGGUCCAUUCCACCUGUUUUCUAACGUGUUACAGGGUAUACGGUCAUAAGUACAACUAUACAGGAAAAAAAAAAAUGUUUAUAGAAUCUAUUUUAAAUAACAUGUAUGAUAUUAGUAGCUAGACUAUUCUUAAUUGUGAAAAAUUGAUAAGGCACUUUUAUUUGCACCUUUCUUUAAUUUAAGACUUGUAUAUUUACCUAGUGAUGUGUUGCAUGUAUAAAUACCACGGUUAUGGAGAACGAUUGCUGGAAACCCUAACGCUGCUGAGGGAGGGUGCGUGUUUGCGUGCGUGUUUGUGUAUUUAUUUGCGCGAGGCGGAGGUUGGUGCUGGGUAAAGGCAGAUCGCGUGAUCUGGGGUGGGGGUCGGGGGUUUGUAGCAAACACUCAUUGUCCGCCACCUUUAAAUUGGAAAUAUGGUAAAACAUGUAGUUCUUGUUGUUUCCCUCUUGAAAAACUUUCCAUUGAGAAAGGGCUGUUGAAUGCAAUACGUCACAUGCUGUUAAAUGGUUCCACCUAGCGGUGGCGUGUCACAUGACUGCGUGAAAGAGUCAGAUCUGGUUUAAGAAUGGUUGAUCUUUCUAAAACUGGCUCUUGUUAGGGUCUUUGCCCAGCAGCAACGCUCAUCAGGAACGUAAGAGUGGAAAAAAAAGAAAUAUUCAAAGCCUUGUCUGGAUGAAAUCCUCUAUUUUUGUAACAUUAUACAGUGCUUAUGAAGCCUAUGAAAGAAAAAGGGAAAGAGCGACGGAUGAUUUAGCACUUAAUCCUGCAAUAAUUAGAAUCUGUGUUUUUAUUAUUAUUAUUAUUUUGUCUUUUUCAAAGAACAAGACAAUGGUAGUAAUAGUGCUAUUUUUUUUUAAAUGCCUAACUGUUGUGUGUUGCGUGUGUUCGUACGUCUCUUGAAUGUGCCAUAAUGGUCUUUCCUGCUUUUUUGAGUCUGAAAAAAUUUGUUGUAUUGUAACAUUCCAGUAAAACUAUGUUGUGACGUUUAGAAAAUCCCAAUAUAAUCCAGAAACAAACUUCACCGAUCACUUCUACUACCUGCUAACUUACAUUUUGAGAAACUCUUGAGUAGAUCUUGGUAGCUUCAUGUAAUUAGUUUUCCCCAUGACACAAAGUAUUUUCCUCAGGGAAGAGUCUGUCUAACUUAAGCCGGUAGCUUAAACUCGUUAGUCAGCUCUAUGUUGCAUCUAAAGCUCAAUUAUUUGAUCUCGAUGGGAUGUUUUGAGUCCAGAUAGAAAUAAUAACAUAUUAAUAAAAUAUAUUGCAUUACUAUUGGCAAAAUAAUAGUCUGUGCAAUGCAUCCCCAAGAAGUCAUUCUUAUCAUCUAAUCUGUGAUUGACAUUCCAGGUUCAUGUUUAGUUCUUUACACAAUAAAUCAGCAGUUUGUGCACUACAAGGCACAGGGACAGUAAUAUUGAAUAAUAAUUGAUCAGGGGUAAUGAGAUAAGUUCCAAAACCUAGUGGGCUGCCUACCUAGACAGCAUUUGAGCUGAGCUUCUGGCACAAAAUGUGUCUCAAAGGGGUGGAAAGUAAAAGUACUCAAUUUUGGCCCAAUUUUAAGGCAAUCCCAGAAUGUACUGCGACAAUAUCUGAAAAAACAUUCUUUCAGCGGGGUGUAGGAGUCAUAGACAUGAAUAUAUAUCAUUCAAUAGUGAAAAGAAUAGAUAAAUAAUAGUUCAAUCUUAUUAAAAAAGGUCAUAUUUGCCCAAAUCUUAUAGGCAAAUUAUUGUGUUUUUAGCAUAGCAACAUGCUAACAUUAAACUCCAUUGGAAUCAAUUGCAAGCAGAGACAACCCAUGUGUUACACUUAAGGAGAUCUAUCUGUGUUACAUACAGAGUUGGUGUCUAUAUAUAUUUAUCCAAAUCAGUCAAUUAGAAGUUCUGUUUUGGAGGAUGUUGCCUAUGUAGACAAGCAGACAGGAAGGCAGCUCACUAGAAACAGAACUGAACCCAAAACAACUUUAAAAUGAUGUUAGAGUACAAAUGGGAACAAACACUCAUCUGUUACCGUUCAGUGGUCUUGUAGAUCUUUUUUUUUAUAAAAAGCUUAUUUUUCAUCUUUCGCAAUUUACGGCCUCAUGUCCUUCCAUGUUAUUCACUAGCAUAAUUGCUAUUAAAUUAAUAGAAGAGAGUAGUCCACUGUCUUUAUCAAAUCACCCAGUGAGCUCCAAGAUCUAAUUCCCACAAAUCCAACAAAGCAAGAUAUCAACCUCAAGCGUGCUAUGCUAAUUUCCAGCUUUGUUUUUUUUUUUCUGGAUGGGGAUUUGUUCUAAUCGUCACUCAUAAUUGUUUGAGUCUAUGUGCCAAAUACCUCUUCACGAUUUCCUCCACCUUCAGACGUACACACGCGGGCGAAUUGUCGUACGUGACAAAUACGGGUUUCUACAGGGUAACCACUGUUGUGGAAGCUGUAGUAAAGUCGCGUUUUACCACUUUUUGCAUGUUGUAUUUUGUCAGUGUAGUUUGUAUUAGACUUUUAAAGCAAUAUGCUAUGGGAUAGAACUUUAUUUUUUCUAAUACAAGCAAAGGUACUUAAACACAUCUGGAUCUGUGUUAUCUUAGAUGUGUGUAGAGAAAAGUUCUCAGUUUCUUUUAUCGAUGGUAGAUCCAUAUGUUUUCCCUUGUAAAUUAUUUUUCAACUGUGGUUUCCCUUGUCUAUCUAUGUGAGAAGCAAUAUACGUCCGGAAGUGGAUGCGAGAGCGUGUACAAGCGGAAAUGUGUGUGUUUGUGCUAUUUGUAAUGUUUGCUUAACGACAAACCCCCAGACAAGGCUUUAAAAGAUCAGACGCAGCAGGGUGAGAUGAUGAAUUACAAGAACGUACGUUUUUUUUUUCUUUCUUUUUAUCCAGGAUGUAAUGUUUUACGUAGCACUGAGCUUAAAUCACUUGAUGAGGCUGUACAAGCAUGACACACUGCACCUCGACAUAAAUUUCGAUUAGAAUUAUACAAACACAACAAGGCCUAUGCACUCACGUUUGAACGAAAGGAACAUUUACCGAUAUUUUUUCUCAAUUCUGAUCGACGGAUUGAAUGUGUCAUGCUCGCGACAGCAUCUGAGCUGAAGGUUGAAGUGUUACCAAAAUUGACGUCAAUCAUUUUCUUUGCGUUUUCUUUCCAAAAGCACAGCUGAUGCGUUAUUAUAAGUGAACUAUGUAUAGAUAAUUGACGAAAAGAAAAGUCUUUAGCCAUAAUCAAAUGUCAAGCAAUAAUAUAUGGUAUAUUAUGAUUCAUUUUGUGCAUAGGCUUUGAACAUCUGCAUGUUAAUACAUUUUCUUAUUUAUCACGUAAAAUUUUUUUUCACUUUGGGUUUUUUCGCUCUCUGAUUGUCUUUUUUUGUUUGUUUUAUUUGUAUUUUGACUAGUUCUGUUCCCGGGUGGAGAACUACGAACGUCAAGGGCCUGUAAACUGUACAGCUACAUUAUGUUUCCCUGUCCUCCUUUCGGCUUUUAAUUCACAAUAUUUAAUGUUCUAUCGAUCACAUGUAUAAAAGUAACUUUGUAACUUCUGUCUGUAUAGGUAAGAAGAAAAUCCUGCUAUUAAGACCCGCUCAGUGCAAAUAUUUAACUGUUUUAUCAGACACAUCAUCCUGUACAAUAUCUCUGUUUUGAGUAUACUUCUCUCUUUUAGACUUAGUUCGGUUAGCGGUAGGGUGUGCGGACAUUAAUUUUUGUGUUAUACUGACAUGUGGUGUUAGGUAAGUUACUUUUGUGAACAAAAAUUAUGGAUUCAUAGACUAGGCCACCCUUUUAGUCAAUUAAUUUCAAAAGAGUAUUGAUGCAUUAUUGAUAUUAGGACUUGAUAAUAAUAAUAAUAAUAAUGAUAAUAAACGAUAAAGAUAAUGAUAGUGGUAAAUUUACUUUCGAAUACCCAGCAAGUACCUGUAUCAGUGUGCUAGUCUUGGGGCAUGGCUCGUUUCCUUCCCACUUUUAAGAUUAUUAGCAAGUAUCAGCUAAGUAAACAUCGCAAACGUAUUAAACGUCGCAAUUUUAAAUUUUUUGCAAUGAAGAUGAUUGUUCAUGCUUUAAAAAAAAAAAGGAAAACAAAGCAGCAGUAUUGUGUUUCUUUUUGAUUGUUUCGAAACUCUAGCUGGAGCUUAUCUUCUGCUGGAAGGACUUUAAACACGCUUUAAAGUACCGGAUUGUCUGCCGCUUAUUAGCUCCCUCAAUUUUUUUUGUAUUUUUUUUUCUUUAUUGCUGUUUUUUAAAAACGCGCUUUUUUUUUCUUCUUCUUCUUUCUAUCCUAAAUCCAAUCACUUACAUUUACAUACACACACAAUGGUUAAGUGUUAUAAAUUGUGGAGGACAAAGGUGGUUGUAAGAAGUUUUAUGCGAAACUUCCUGUUUUAAUCUUUGUAGCAAGGCAGAAUCUAUUUGCAAUAAUACAUAGCAAACUACACUGAGUGCCUCUCAGUGGUACAGGAUGCAGAAACUGUAUUUGUCUGUUUUGUUUUCUCGUACUCAAAUGACUGUGUUUGCACACGUAGGUGAAUUCUGUCUUGUGUUACUGACUUUUCUUUCAUCGGCCGUCUUUUUGUAUGCAAAUGAGGCAUUUCAUGUUUGUUUAUAGCCAUGCAUUUUCUUGUCUCUGUGAUGUCCUGUAUUUUCUGAGAUUCUCAGAUGCUACUACUUCUUUUCAUCCGAACAAUUUCACGUUGGUUAUGGGACAUUGUAUCCAGUCAGUUGGAUGCUGAACACAAACCCCAUUUGGAUAUUUACAGAGACAAACUGGCGGACAAUAGACAAUCCACUCUGUGUUCUCCCUGUUGUUUCCUGCCAAUUAGGAUUUAAGUUGUUGAUUAUGAAACAAAAUGACUAAUGCAAUGUAUUUUAAGUGUUCAUAUGUGUAUGUAAAAUGAUGCAUACUACACUUCUAUUUCUUGUUGAGCUGAAGGGGAGGGCAUAAGGGCUGGGGCAAGACGGGUUGGAUUUUGCUUCUGCUUACCUGCAGGGGGGGGAAAAAGCAGAGAAUGGUUUGCGGUUGUCAAAUAUUUUUACGUCACAUGUUUGCUACUGAUCUUAAAAUGGGGGACAGUUGAUCAUGUACCUUUUUAUUCAGCUCUUUGGAACUCUCUUUAAGAGAUAGUCUCUUCUCUCAAUAGUGGUUUUGCUCCUUCUGUUUGUCUGAUUCUUAAAUAUGAAAAUAAGUAUUUUGAUUCAUUUUGUAAAUACCGCUGUAAAGAAAAAUAAGAAAUUUAAUGUUGUCUUUUAAAUACUUUUCAUUCUAAUAUGAAUGUUGUUAUAUUGUACUUAGAAACUGUACCUUUAAUAUUACCUUUAUUAAAAGUGCAUUGGACACAUCGAUUUUAGAUGUGCUUUAUGUGCUGUUAUCCAUAAUAAAAUUUACUGCUUGUAAUGGGC